AUUGCAACACAUUAGAAUUUGAAGAAAUACUGCGUUUCAGAGAAAAUAGAAUUGUGCAGGCCGGAUCCAGAUGAGGAAACGGCAGAAGUCUAUUUUGUGCUGGUGAGGAGCGAUGUUGUAAAAAGCGCUCGUUGAGAUCUGGAGUACUUUGAUUUGCUUACAGUCCUUUGAAAAGAUGGAGGCUAUAGAAAAAUUGUUCGGCAGAACCUUGCUGCUGUUUCUUUUGUACCAGUCUGGACUAGUGAGGACUCAACAAACACUUACCCCACCAGGUUUUAUCAAAAGUACCUGUUUCGCCAGUAUGUUUCGGAUGACGUUGGAUGAGUCUUUUCUCCGGAAAAAGUUCACAAACAUAGAAAUAAUUGAUCCCUCCGGUGUCAUUAUCCCACUUGACGAUAAGCUGAAAGCUCGCUGUGGCUAUGUCAAGUCAAAGGAUGUGCAGGGUAACACUGUCUUCCGGGCUUCUCUUCUCGGUUGUCAUGUUAUAAAUGAGAUGGAUGAAAGAUUCUCUCUUACUGUAAACAUCAAAGUCUCACCAUUUGAAGACAUGAGGGAAGCUUCAAAUUACCGACAUCGCUUACACUGCUCCUACUUCCCAUGGGCUCCGAGGGAAAUAGUGUGUGAAGAGAAUUACAUGGAGGUGUCAGUGAAGAGUGACGUCCCUGUGAUUUCAGAUGAUGAGACUGCAGAAUGGAUGUCAGCACUGCCAGAGGCACAAAGAGUUGUGUAUCAGAUGUGGCAGCUGAUAUUCUAUUCUCCUUCAGGGAGGAAGACAAUAGUGGUGAGUGAUGCUGACAAGCUAGGCUACAGUUUCAAUAAUACACUGGCAAGAGUAUUCCUCCGCUCUCCAUACUCUACAAAUGAAACUGAGUAUUCGAUGGUUAAUGGGGUCACCAUGAGCACUAUCAGCUCCACCUCCAUGUAUAAACAAAGAUGGCUGCUUCUGUUGAUCGACACCACUGUUUCAUGCCCAGUUGAUGGUAUCAGCUUCACAGAUGCUGCCAUAAUAUGGUCUGUGCCAGCUAUUAUCCCUAGACUGGCUCCUCAAGAACUGACCUUUACAUCUCUUAAUAUAUCGAUGGGAGUUGAUGGGGAAAGAAUUGAGAACCCUGAGAAACGCAACUUUACACUGGAACGUAACACCACACACAUUGCAAUAACAAUCCCAAUUGGAGCAUCCGGGGGCAAGCUUAAGAGCACUGUGUCCAAUGGCAUCCAUGGGGUGACCUACAGGAUCGACUUAUUCUUGGAGCAUGCCUGGACAGAUACAGAUUGGCACUUGACCAAGUACACUGUGGUUAACCCAAUCACUACACCCUUCAUGCCUCGAAUACCAACAGUAGUCAACAACACUGUUCCAGAAACACGACUGUUUAAGAUAGUCUUGGGAUUCUUCCUUCCUGAUGUCACUCUGGUAGCACUUACAAUAGGAGGCGUGCCUUUAUCUCUGAAUGAAGCAGUGCAAAAGGGCUACAAGAUCUCUGACACUCCCUUCCCCAAUGGAACAAAAGGGUUUAAAUUGGAAGUACCUUUUGACGAUCCCAAUGUCAUAAAAGAGUAUGUGAACAAAAACGAAACUAAGUAUUGCCUCCGUGUGAACUACACUCUUCACGUGGGUCCUGAGCAGAAGCUGUAUCACCAUCCUGCAGAUGUAGAGUGUAUAAUGGCAGAUAUCGAACUACCAGAAGGCAUUGGUUACUGUGACAAAGUGAACCUGUAUCUAGCCAUUCCACUUACAGGCCUGUACAAAUACUGGGACCUAUAUGCCGGGAAUAAGCCUCUAAAUCAGGCCACUGCCCUUGCAGCUGGGUAUCUCAUGACUACAAAUGAUACUCAUGUAGUACUACAAGUGCCUCUCUUUGCUGAAGGAAUUAUCUAUGAGGAAGUGUCUAUUGAGAGAAUCCUUGCUAGAUUUGAUCUUUCCCUGAAGAAAAUCAUCACUAUGGAGACCGUGGAUAUCUUCUCCAUUAGAUGCAAUUUUCGCUCCUCACAAUUUAUAGUGUGCUAUCCUAAUGGAACAAUAACUGUAUCUGCGCUCAUGAAGACGGCUCCAUCCAUUGACAUGGGCAAAACCAGGCUGAAGGACAGCACCUGUAAGCCUAAAGAGUUUACCAAGGAAAAAGCCUUCUUCCAGUUUCACGUUUCUACUUGUGGCACUUCACUAAGACUUGAAGGUGAACGCCUUAUUUAUGAAAACGAAAUAUCUUUUGAAAAAGAGACUCUUCCAGCACAGGGACCACCAAUGAUCACAAGAGAUCCAGAAUACAGACUAACUAUCUUAUGCUAUUACCCAGUCAAAGAGACGUUAAUGCAAAGUGCUACUUUCUAUGGCUCCUCCUCACCUAGAAUGUUUCCUCCUUUUGGCUACGGCACAAUGAUGGCUCAGUCAAAUUUGGCAGGCCAUAGAAGAACAAGACAGCUUCUGAAUAUCAUCUCAAAUGUGUUCAAAGAUGAAUCUUUCAGAGAAACCUAUGGGCCACAUUCAAUAGCUAUCAAGUACUCAUGGGAACCUCUAUUUCUUGAAGUUGAACUAAAAGAUGAAGCUCCUGAGGUUGAACUGUACUUGGAUAACUGCUGGAUGGCAGAGGCUGAGGAGUUCAGCAGCAUUCCCCAGUGGAACAUCAUUGCAGAUGGAUGUGAGAACAAAAGCAAUGGAUAUGUGAAGUUCUAUCCCGUAAUUAAAAGUAACAGAGUGAAAUAUCCCAAUCACUUCAAAAGAGUGAGAAUGCAGAUGCAGACUCUUCCUCCAAAAAAGGUAUUCUUCCACUGCACAGUAAUAGUCGGCACUUGCCUUCACACGCCUGUUAAUGGUCUUUCUUGGAAACAAUGUCUUUCUGGAAGGAAGUUUGAUCAGCAUUCUGAAAUUCAUCCAAGUCGUCAUGGUUAUGUAGUGGCUGGACCAGUCUUGAUUCUUCAUCCUGAACAAAUUGAGGAGCUGGAGAUGCAAAGAAAUUGGAAAUAACUAUAUGAUUCUGGCCUCUGGAUACGCUGUGUUACCUGUGACUGCUUAAAAUGUACACAUCACAUUAACUUUCUUUGCCAUCCAAAACUUCAUAAAUUAA